AGGCCAUCUUUAUCAGAAACUUCUACGAGAGCAUCUGAUUUCUUUUCUUACUGGCAUGAAAUACAACAUACUUAAACUAAGCACUGACGUAGAUGCUCAUCUAACGCAAAACGAAGUUGUGAGAGCAUGCAAAAAUACCUCUAAUUUUGAUCGAUCAUUUGCGAACUUCUUAGCUACGGGAAAUAUGCCAAAAGCCAGUGAAAUGGGACUUAUGCAAGAUUCGGGUUUGGUUAUCAUAGCAGAAAAUAUUAACCGAAUGCGAUACAUGUCUCACUUCCGGGCCGUCCAUCGAGGAUCUUUUUUCGUUACAAUGCGAACAACCGAAGCACGACAACUCCUUCCGGAUGCAUGGGGAUUCAUUUGCCCUGUCCAUACACCAGAUGGAAGUCCCUGCGGAUUGCUGAACCAUCUGACAUCCGAUUGCGUUAUAUCGAAAAGCCCGGAUCGGAAAAAGGUGGCCAAUAUCGAAGUUUACUUGAUAAGAUUCGGCAUGACACCGGCAAACAGCGUUGGACUUAAUAAGUUCAAACCAAGCGAUUACUAUACAGUAAUGUUGGAAGGAAAAAUCAUUGGCAGUAUUUCAAGGAAAAUUGUCAGCCAAGCUGUGCAAAAAUUGCGGCUGCUUAAAAUUGAAGGAAAAGAAAUUCCCGAAGCAACAGAAAUCGUACUUGUUCCUUCCAAAGAAGGAGGGCAGUAUCCUGGUCUUUUUCUGUAUGUUAGUGGUAGCAGGAUGAUGCGUCCUGUUAUUAAUUUAUAUGCCAAUAAGGUCGAACUGAUAGGGACCUUUGAGCAAGUGUAUAUGGACAUUUGCAUCACCCAGAAGGAAGCAUAUCCAAAUGUAACCACCCAUAUGGAGCUGUCUAAAACGACGUUUCUGAGUAAUCUGGCCAAGCUGAUCCCGAUGCCCGACUGCAACCAAUCGCCGAGAAACAUGUACCAGUGUCAGAUGGGCAAACAAACAAUGGGAACACCUUGUCACAAUUGGCAGUUGCAGUGCAUCGCCAAGUUUUAUCGGCUGCAGACUCCUGCGACUCCACUUUUCCGGCCGGUCCAUUACGAUAACAUCGACCUGGAUAACUAUGCCAUGGGUACGAACGCCAUCGUUGCCGUCAUUUCAUAUACAGGCUACGAUAUGGAGGACGCAAUGAUUAUCAACAAAUCGGCUUUCGAGCGGUUUGCCCAUGGAACGGUGUACAAGAAUGAGUUCAUCGAGCUCAAGGGUGAGAGUUACUUUGCGCGGGAUCGAAACGAUGAGCAGCUGAAGGCUUUCCUCGAUAACGAUGGACUGCCGUAUCAAAGUUCUCUUUUGACACAUCGCAAACCAUUCUAUUGUUAUUUUGACACCAACGACCAUACGUUCCACGUAGUGAAAUAUGACGGGCACGAGGAUGCCAUCGUAGACAAUAUCAAACUGUGCGGUUCUACAUCUUCCAAUGCGCCGAAACGAGCCGUCAUUACCUAUCGGAUAGUACGCAAUCCCAACGUUGGGGAUAAGUUUGCCUCCCGUGCCGGACAAAAGGGUAUCUGCUCGCAAAAGUGGCCCGCGAUAGAUCUUCCCUUCACCGAAUCCGGAAUGAUUCCAGAUAUCAUCUUCAAUCCCCAUGGUUUUCCCUCGCGAAUGACUAUUGCUAUGAUGAUCGAAACCAUGGCCGGUAAAACGGGUUCAUGUCACGGUUUAGUCCACGAUGCUACUCCGUUCCGAUUCAGCGAAGAAAACACGGCAAUAGAUUACUUUGGAAGAUUACUGGAAAACAGCGGUUACAACUAUUACGGAACCGAACGUAUGUACAGUGGCGUAGAUGGCCGGGAAAUGAAAGCGGACAUAUUUUUCGGAGUUGUACAUUACCAACGAUUGCGUCAUAUGGUUUCUGACAAGUGGCAGGUUCGUUCAACUGGUCCCCUCGAUCAGCUCACGCAUCAACCUAACAAGGGCAGAUCGCGAGGUGGUGGCGUUCGGUUUGGAGAAAUGGAACGGGAUGCUCUGAUUGCACACGGAGCUUCCUUCCUGUUGCAGGACCGUCUAUUCCAUGGAUCGGAUAAAAUAACUACGCUUGUGUGUCGUAAUUGCGGAACAUUGCUUGGCCCGAUAAGCAGUAUCACGAAGAAGGUGGCUUCAGAUGCAAGCGAAACUCAAAGGACGCCGGCCACCUGCAGACUGUGCAGAAGUGACCGAGAUAUAGGCUACCUAGAGAUACCGUACAUUUUUAAAUUUCUGGUAUCGCAGCUAACAGCAAUGAACAUCAAUGUUAAGUUGGAUCUUUCUACACCGCAGUUGUAGGACAUAUUUUCUUAUUUUUAUUUUGUGCUUUUUGUAUGUUUAAAUAAAUCUAUACAAUCUGUUGCAACA